AAUAGCAUGCUUUAUUUGAUAAAAAUUUCAAUAUUUUAUAAAAGGGCAUUUGGGCAAAGUCCUGGAAAGAGACACUCAACAGAAGAAAAAGGGGCAAGGCUCGUUUCUGCAACUCCAAGCCUCCCCCCUCAGGUCUCCCAAAUGCCUUAAAAUUCCCAAUCCCGCCCCAAACACUUACCACUUGCUCGACGAAAUUCCUCAACCAAAAUCAAGCUAACCAUGGAGUCGAGCAUUUUGGAAUCCAUCGGAGUCGAGAUAAUAGGCGUGAUGUCUCCAGUUUCAAUUUGUAUGUUUUUGGUUGUUCUCAUUGUCUAUUCCCUCUCCCCAUCAAACCCUUUUUUGGUCGCUUCCUCAGCCCCGACGAUCCGCACCGCUGCCAACCUCGUCUACCUCGAGAGCCCUUCCGAUUCCGCUGCCCAGAAGCUGGAAGGCGCGCUACUCAAUGCGCUGGUGUUUGUUAUUCUCAUUGCCGUCUCUACUUUUCUUCUUGUUCUCUUAUACUAUUAUAAUUUUACGAACUUCUUGAAGAAUUACAUGCGCUUCUCGGCCUUUUUCGUGUUAGGUACAAUGGGGGGCUCAAUUUUUUUGUCAUUGAUUCAGCAUUUCUCAAUUCCUGUUGAUUCAAUUACUUGUAUUAUUCUGUUAUUUAAUUUUACAAUUGUGGGUGUAUUAUCGGUGUUUGCGGGUGGGAUACCUAUUUUUCUUAGGCAAGGAUAUAUGGUAGCUUUAGGGAUAUUCGUGGCAGUUUGGUUUACCAAGUUACCAGAGUGGACUACAUGGGUUUUGCUGGUGGCAUUGGCAGUAUAUGAUUUGGUGGCAGUUUUGGCACCUGGUGGGCCACUUAAGCUGCUGGUGGAGUUGGCUCAGACUCGAGAUGAGGAACUUCCUGCACUGGUUUAUGAGGCUCGGCCAGCAGUUUCACAAAAUAUGAAUAAUCAUGGUCGGAGUUUGGACCUUUUGAUUGGUGGAGUUUCAGAUUCAGGGUUGGUGGAAAUGCAAGCAAUGUCAGAUCACAAUGUGAAUCGAAAUGAGAGUGAAAAUUUUGUGAACUCUGAAUAUUCUGCCAUUCCGGUGAGGAAUUUUGGGAAUAUGGAAGGUGUAGGAAAUAGAAAUGAUACAGAGAGGUCCCCAUUAGUUGGUUUUUCUCGGGAAAGGCAUUCUUCAAGUAGUGAAUCAUUGGAGUAUUCAACUGUGGUUGGUAAUCAGGGUUCUGAAACUGUUGUGGAUGAGGAAAGGUCUCCUCUUGUUGAUACACUGGGAUUGGGGAACGGGAGGGAGCAGGUAAGAAGGGAUGCUUCUGAAAAUCCCAUGGUUGCCAUUAGAGGUAUAAAACUUGGUCUUGGAGAUUUUAUUUUCUACAGUGUUCUUGUGGGCAGGGCUGCAAUGUAUGAUCUUAUGACAGUAUAUGCAUGCUACCUUGCAAUUGUUUCGGGACUUGGCUGCACUCUGAUUUUGUUGUCAGUGUGCCGCCAAGCUUUACCAGCUCUCCCUAUUUCAAUAGCACUGGGUGUUGUCUUUUACUUCUUGACUCGUUUAUUGAUGGAACCUUUUAUUGUUGGGAUGGCAACAAAUCUGAUGAUGUUUUGAUCCUCUGUUAGUUGUAAGAGAGAGGAGGACAUUUUUAUGCUGUUAAAAGAAAUACUGAUGUCCUCAGAUGCAAAUUUUGUCUACGUUAUGGUUAGUAUUACUUACCAAAUAUCUUCUCACGUGCUCAUACAAGUUUCUCACGGUCAAAUUCUGUAAUUCGCUAAUGUAACAAUGUGAAGAUAAUCCUAGUGCAACUUGACUGCCCUCUUGGGUUUAGCUUUAUAGAAUUUCGAGCAUCUCAUGCUGAAGCAUAUUUCGAAUGCUUUGUUUGCAUACUUUCUUAUCGUGUUGAGAUGUUGAAAAAUACAAAUGUGGAAUUACAUUUUACAAAUUUCGAAUACCGUGCACCUUGUGUGGUCACAAACAGAUAUGCAGUUGUGUUUGCUUCUGUUAGUGCUCUAAACUGCUGUCAUACUCUAUAAAUUUGAUUUUAAGAUAUGUUUGUAUAGAUGAGAAUUUGAAAUGAAGGGUAGUUUGAAUUUGAUGGUAGUUUUGGUGCUUAUGAUUUAUACAUUUCUUUCAUUUAGAUUUUUUUUUUUGUAAUUUGUAACUGCAAUUGCAUUACCGACGCCCAAAGGGCAAAAUACAUACAUUGGGCCUAAAAGAACAUGCAUAUGUAGGAAGAAGGGCCGAAGUUCAGCUCAAAAACAAAUCAAAUACAAAGAAAAGCCUAGCCCAAAAAUCCCACCCAGCAACCCUAGGAAGAAGAUGAACCGAGUUGCUGCUCCUUUACCUUCAACAAGCUGGACCACCACAAGGAAUGGGAGUCACCAACGUCUAAGAGUCUCAAAGACCCAAGCAUUAAAGGAGCAGUAGAUCCAACCACCUCCAGUAACAGACCUCUAAACUCCUCCAACUCAGAUCAGUAUGUCUGGUAGGAGAGUGAUGUUGUAGAGCUACUUAGCAAUCUCAAUAACGUGUAGGAGAGUGAUGCUGUAGAGCUCCUCAGCAAUCUCAAUCUCAUGUAGUCUUCGGGGAUCAUCUUCGUAAACCUGAGACACCGACAUCACGCAUGCUGAUUUCCCUCUCACUAGGGCAAAGGUAGUUUUUAGAUCCAAGAACUAACAAAUACAACCAAAUCUUCGCAAACUCAACUUUGUUAGAAUAUUUGAUCUUCUGCAUGUUUCUCCCAUCUUGAAGCUCCAAGAUUAACAAGCCAAAAGCCCAAACCUACACUAUCAACAACCAACUCGAGAUGGGGAGGGAAGUCGACACCCUGUCGGAGCAAAAAGAGAGCCUUCCCCUUCCCUUUUGAAAUAGAAGAGUUGAGAGCAAAUUCUCUUCCUAGAAUUCUAGAGAGAAAUAGAUUAGAUGGUUCUCCCUUUACAGGUUAGAUUAUCUCAAAAUUUGGAAGCUUGUAUAGAUGCAUAGAUUCUUUGCAAUGUGUUGUCCUUGUUUGAUUGUGUACUAGAAUUUAUGGGUGGCUAUAAUAAUGAUAAGCAAACUCUUACUUCUUGUUUAUAUUAUUAGUUUGUUGCUUGUAAUUUUAUAAUGGUGCAGUGGAUGGAACAUUUCUGCAAGCCAAAAAGGGUCUUCUGUUUUCACAUUGUUUGGAAUGGUUUUAUGCAAGAAUUUAAUUUAAUUUAAUUUUUAUUAAAAAUUUUAAUUUAAAUAAUUUUGUAACAAUUCAUGUAUUUGGAAUAAAUUUCAAAAUUAUUAUAUUAUUUUUUUUCUUAUAUGUAAUGACUUGUACUAUCUGCCAUAUAAUAAUAAUAAUAAUAAUAAUAAUAAUAAUAAUAAUAAUAAUUAAUUAAUUAAUUUAAAAUUAUGGGAGAAACUCUCUUAAUUCAUAAAGAAAAUCACAAGCAGUGACUAGUUUAGAGGGGAAAAACAAAAACAAAAACAAAACAUUAAAAACAAACGCAUCCAAACAGGUCUUAAACUCCAUUCGCAAAGGAAAAACAAAAAAAAGCUCCUAAACGACGCGUUGGUGCCGUUAAAAUCUUGCAAAAGUAUAAAAAUGAAACCCUAAAAAUUCAUUAUGCAGAGAAGAAGACGAGCUAUGGAGGCCAAUCCUGGAAAUCGGAAUACGAAAUUCCAAAUUCAGCUUUAAAGAUCUCUUUUGCAUCUCUAUCUCCUGCAGACGCCUCCACCGAUUAUCCACUUAGGACUCUCUCUGGUCUCAUCUCCUCUUGUCAGACUUCCCUUCACCAUCAUCCCCGCGACGAACCCUACCAUCAACACCUGCAGUUCAACCUCACCAUUGGUCUAAUCCACCCACAGAACCAGGUUUCGGAGGGAGACGGAAAGGAAGGUGGUGGCACAGAGGAGGGCGGUGCUUAGUAAAGAGAGUGAAAUUGUGGAGCGCCAGAGGAAGAUAAAGGGAAAGAGAGACUCAAUUGCGUCACAAGACUCAGAAAAUGGGGGCAUCCUCUACCGAAUUGUCCAUUUUAUACAAGGCAAGCUUCUGUGGCUUUGAAUGUGUAGCAACCAGAGGUGGUUAGGGGUAGCAAAGGCAACUAGCGGAGCAAUAUGUACUUUCUUUUAAUCACAGUUCAUUCUCUUGAAAUGGAGCUUAAGCUUUGCAAGCAACAAAUACAGGCUUCAAUAAGGCCUAUGUAAGUAUUGACGUCUCAUUACGUCCAACAGUACUUGUGUAUAAGAAUAUUUGUAUUGCUCGUUAAUUUUUAUGGCAGAGGGAUGAGAAGCAGAGGCUUGGGACUGCAAA